ACUCUUUGGGUGGAUGUGUACAUAUAUUUUACUGUAUUACUGUUAUGUAUCUUCCAUUGAAUGAAAGUCACUGAUAGUAACGAUUUUGUACGAAAAAUAACUACCCUCCUCCUGUCAACCCAACAUUAGUUUGUCUGCUUGAACGCGCCUUAUAAAAAUAAUUAUCAUGUGGCAACACUGCUUAAGAGUUCGUUCAGAAAUAAUGGAUGCGGCUGCUUUUGUUUACCUAAUGUAUUGUCACCUUCCUUAUUAAUACAUGAUGUAUUUUUAUCUCUAGUAUUCCAUAAUUAAUAAACACGUGAGUAAGGUAACAAUAUUAAACAAUAUAACUCAAUAGUCAUCACGUAUUUUGUUUGGACAAUGUUUACGUCGCGUUCAUAACCCGCGUAUCGAGCAAGUGCUGUCAGCUGUGCUGCGACCGACAGGGCGAACUGUCAGAUGGUGAAUAGCAAAGGAGCGGUAGUGAGAUUAUUUUUAAUAAAUAUGUCUUUUUAUUUGCAAUUUCACACUCAUAGAUAAUCUUUGCGCAUAGCUUUAAGCUUUAGCGUGUUUAGUUAGGUAGUGAUAGCAAGGGCGGCCGCAAUAUGAGUUCGAGGGACCGGGAUACUAAAUCGCUCCAGGACAAGUUGAAAGUGUUCUUCAAGAAGGGCGCUUCGGCGCCGCUACCGGCGGUGAACGAGCUGGUGGUGACAGCGGAUCUCGAGCGAGAGCUGCGGUCGGAUGCGGCACCCGCGCGGCGGCUCCGCGCGCUGCGGGACCUCGGCGACCGCGUGCGUGUCACCAGGAUACAACAGGGCGGCGCGGAGAGGCUAUGGGCGCUCAUGCGAGAUCUCCUCGACGACAGCUGCGCGGAGUCGAGGCACACGGCGCUCUGGUUCCUGCGCUGCAUAGCCGAAGGACAGGAGUGCGCCGUGAUGCGGACGCUGAUGUUUCGGUAUCUGCGAGAAACGCACGCGCUGCAUCCAGCCGAGGACGCGCCCCACCGCCUCUCGCUGCUGUCCACGCUCACCAACGCCGGCAAGAACAUCGAGUGCUUCGAGGAACAGAUCGGUGAAUACCUGCUAGAAUACAUGCGCAGUGUAGGUGAAACUGGCCCCGCGCUGCCUGAACUGUUGGCCCUCGUCAUCAACGUUGUCAAGUAUAACGCCACCUACUUGGACGAACACGUCGUGCACGGCAUCGUGGACGCCUCCUGUCACCUCUGCGCCUACUCCGCCGAAGCCGGGGCCGUCGUAUCAGCCCUGGCGUUACUGGAAGCCGUCGUGGCGUACUCGCUGCUGCCUCGCGCCGCGCUGCCGGCCUUCGUGGGAGCCCUGUGUCGCACCGUGAACCUGGAGCGUCACUGCCAGACCAGCUGGAAGCUGAUGCGCUCAGUCCUCGGCGCCGACCUGGGCCACGCGGCGCUUCAAGAGCUCGCAGCGCUCCCCGCCGCCGCCGCCGCCGCCGCCGCCAACAACGCCGACGCGAACAACGCCGCCGCCGCCGCCGACGCCGGAGCCGUGCGCGGCGCCGUGUUCUACAUCAACAUGGCGCUGUGGGGCCCGCGCCGCGUGCCCAGCCUGCGCGUGUCCCUCCUGUGCGUGUUGCCGGCUCUAUUACAGGCGGUGAGCACGAACCAGCCCGUGGUAACGUACGAGGUGAUCCAGGCCAUCCAGAGCCUCGUGACGCGCGCGCCGCCCGACUCGCUGUGCGCCGCCUGGGACGUGCUGCUGGCCGUGCUGGCGCACGCGCACAGGCACGACAAAAGCCUGGACCCUCCCAACGAGCUGAUCCACACCCGCCUCCACGCGCUCCUCACCAGCAUCGAGCAGCUGCACGAGGCCGGCCAGUACUCCGGGGACCCCGGCCAGCUGCUGGACCUCAUCGACUCCAGCGCUCAGGACCGCCCGGAAGCAUCGGUGCUGCGCCUCAUCAGCCUCCGCUGCGCGACGCUGUCGCCGGCGCGCGCGGACUGGCUGGGCGCGGCGCUGGCGCUCGGGGACAAGUUCGUGCGCCGCGACGCGCGCGCCGCCGUGCGCCUGCACGCGCUCGCGCAGCUGCUCGCCGUCGUCAAACGACACAGGUUCCUGUACGAGGAGGAGGUGGUGGCGGGCGUGGGCGUGCCGGCGCUGGGCUGGGCCGCGGCCGCCGAGCCCGCGCUGCGCGCCGCCGCCGCGCGCGCCGCCGCCGAGCUGGCCGUGCUGCUGGCCGGCGACGCCGCCACCGACCUCAUCGACCUGCUGGAGAAGUGUAGUGGGCGUGCCGGCGCUGGGCUGGGCCGCGGCCGCCGAGCUGGCCGUGCUGCUGGCCGGCGACGCCGCCACCGACCUCAUCGACCUGCUGGAGAAGGUACCGUGCCACAAGCCACUAGUAGUGUAGUGGGCGUGCCGGCGCUGGGCUGGGCCGCGGCCGCCGAGCUGGCCGUGCUGCUGGCCGGCGACGCCGCCACCGACCUCAUCGACCUGCUGGAGAAGUGUAGUGGGCGUGCCGGCGCUGGGCUGGGCCGCGGCCGCCGAGCUGGCCGUGCUGCUGGCCGGCGACGCCGCCACCGACCUCAUCGACCUGCUGGAGAAGGUACCGUGCCACAAGCCACUAGUAGUGUAGUGGGCGUGCCGGCGCUGGGCUGGGCCGCGGCCGCCGAGCUGGCCGUGCUGCUGGCCGGCGACGCCGCCACCGACCUCAUCGACCUGCUGGAGAAGGUACCGUGCCACAAGCCACUAGUAGUGUAUGUAGUGGGCGUGCCGGCGCUGGGCUGGGCCGCGGCCGCCGAGCCCGCGCUGCGCGCCGCCGCCGCGCGCGCCGCCGCCGAGCUGGCCGUGCUGCUGGCCGGCGACGCCGCCACCGACCUCAUCGACCUGCUGGAGAAGGUACCGUGCCACAAGCCACUAGUAGUGUAUGUAGUGGGCGUGCCGGCGCUGGGCUGGGCCGCGGCCGCCGAGCCCGCGCUGCGCGCCGCCGCCGCGCGCGCCGCCGCCGAGCUGGCCGUGCUGCUGGCCGGCGACGCCGCCACCGACCUCAUCGACCUGCUGGAGAAGUGUAGUGGGCGUGCCGGCGCUGGGCUGGGCCGCGGCCGCCGAGCUGGCCGUGCUGCUGGCCGGCGACGCCGCCACCGACCUCAUCGACCUGCUGGAGAAGGUACCGUGCCACAAGCCACUAGUAGUGUAGUGGGCGUGCCGGCGCUGGGCUGGGCCGCGGCCGCCGAGCCCGCGCUGCGCGCCGCCGCCGCGCGCGCCGCCGCCGAGCUGGCCGUGCUGCUGGCCGGCGACGCCGCCACCGACCUCAUCGACCUGCUGGAGAAGGUACCGUGCCACAAGCCACUAGUAGUGUAUGUAGUGGGCGUGCCGGCGCUGGGCUGGGCCGCGGCCGCCGAGCUGGCCGUGCUGCUGGCCGGCGACGCCGCCACCGACCUCAUCGACCUGCUGGAGAAGGUACCGUGCCACAAGCCACUAGUAGUGUAUGUAGUGGGCGUGCCGGCGCUGGGCUGGGCCGCGGCCGCCGAGCUGGCCGUGCUGCUGGCCGGCGACGCCGCCACCGACCUCAUCGACCUGCUGGAGAAGGUACCGUGCCACAAGCCACUAGUAGUGUAUGUAGUGGGCGUGCCGGCGCUGGGCUGGGCCGCGGCCGCCGAGCUGGCCGUGCUGCUGGCCGGCGACGCCGCCACCGACCUCAUCGACCUGCUGGAGAAGACGCCGACCUGGCCUCUUACGGCGCUGAGGGAGCGAAUUCGCAUCGUCCUCGCGCAUUCUCUCUGCAGCCUCCUUUUGCGACAGGACGACGCUCUGACCACUGCUGGUAGAGGACGUCUCGUGCCUCUUCACGCCACUGGCGGACCUCACGAGGGGCAGGCCAGUUCUCCUCCCUCCUUGCUGCUAGCACCCGCCAAUAGACCGCGGACUGAACCUUGGCUUCAAGAUCCCAUGGCGGGCUCCCAGCUAGCAGGCCGGCUGCUGCGUGCGAGUUGUCGCGGUACCGUGCCACAAGCCACUAGUAGUGUAGUGGGCGUGCCGGCGCUGGGCUGGGCCGCGGCCGCCGAGCUGGCCGUGCUGCUGGCCGGCGACGCCGCCACCGACCUCAUCGACCUGCUGGAGAAGUGUAGUGGGCGUGCCGGCGCUGGGCUGGGCCGCGGCCGCCGAGCUGGCCGUGCUGCUGGCCGGCGACGCCGCCACCGACCUCAUCGACCUGCUGGAGAAGGUACCGUGCCACAAGCCACUAGUAGUGUAGUGGGCGUGCCGGCGCUGGGCUGGGCCGCGGCCGCCGAGCUGGCCGUGCUGCUGGCCGGCGACGCCGCCACCGACCUCAUCGACCUGCUGGAGAAGUGUAGUGGGCGUGCCGGCGCUGGGCUGGGCCGCGGCCGCCGAGCUGGCCGUGCUGCUGGCCGGCGACGCCGCCACCGACCUCAUCGACCUGCUGGAGAAGGUACCGUGCCACAAGCCACUAGUAGUGUAGUGGGCGUGCCGGCGCUGGGCUGGGCCGCGGCCGCCGAGCUGGCCGUGCUGCUGGCCGGCGACGCCGCCACCGACCUCAUCGACCUGCUGGAGAAGUGUAGUGGGCGUGCCGGCGCUGGGCUGGGCCGCGGCCGCCGAGCUGGCCGUGCUGCUGGCCGGCGACGCCGCCACCGACCUCAUCGACCUGCUGGAGAAGGUACCGUGCCACAAGCCACUAGUAGUGUAGUGGGCGUGCCGGCGCUGGGCUGGGCCGCGGCCGCCGAGCUGGCCGUGCUGCUGGCCGGCGACGCCGCCACCGACCUCAUCGACCUGCUGGAGAAGAUAAUGAACCGGCCGUUUGAGAGUGAAGAGCCCCACGAGUCAGACCCCGAGCCAGAUUUAACAGACGUCACUCUUGCGGUCUCAGGUCUCCUAGAAGUGUUCCACGCGAAGCUGCUCCGAGCCCCGGCGGCGCACGCGGCGCGCGCCUGCCUCGUGCUGCUGGACCACCUCGACCACGCGCUCAACCACCCGCGCCACUCGGCCGCGCACGCGCCCUGCAGGAAGAAGAUUCUUGACAUGAUCUUCGGCCUCCGCGCGAACGCGUUCAACUCCGUGGGGUUCUGCUACGACAGCGCCGGGAGCCCGGUGUACGGCGCGGCCGCGCUGCGCAUCAAGCCCCUGUGCUCGCCGAGCUUGCUCGCCGAGCCGCUCGCCGCGCGCGGCCACCACCCGCCGCCCAGCAGCCAUCAAGUGCCGGUCAGUGUACAGAAUACACACGCUGUGUACGAGUAUAUGGGGGGAAUCACGGCACGACUUCGCGACGCAAAAUUUCACACUCACAUGACUGCGGUGGUUUCGCAGUCAUGUUCGCGCUUUCCACGAAGAUUCCCGUCCCCUUUAUGUAAUUUGCAGGGAACUUGUAUUCUCCCAGUGGGCCGCUGUGCACGCAUUCUGACCCUAGCCUUGAGUCGGGAAAAGGAGUGGUCCGUCUUACAGCAUGUUCUCUGGGCCCUACCAGCCUUACUACAGUCCAGGGCUCUUUGUGUCGGUCGCAGGGCCCAAGACUUGGACCUGCUGGCUUCUACUCUCUGCGCCAUGCUCUCAGACCGAAGCCUGGCGUUCCCCGAGUGCCUGCGAGGUCAAAAGGUCCUGGUGUCGGAGCUCCACGCCGCCGUGCUGCCCUCUCUCGGGGCAUUAGCUCCGUACCACGCCUUCCUCGAACCAUUAACACAACAGCGGGUCGUGCGGUGUCUGCUGCGCUACGGCAUGGUGCUUCGAACGCCGGCGCCAUACCUAGCAGCACUGACGCAGUUCACCCUAGAAGCCCGUGACACCAUGGUGAAGCUACUUCCCGAGGUUCUACUCGACUUGUCCAAGGUGUCCGACACCAAACUCAUCGCAGGACCAAUGCUUGAAUUUCUAUCCACUUUAACCCGACUACCGCGAGUAUUCGCCUCGUUCGUCGAAGACCAAUACAUGUCCGUAUUCGCCAUCCUGCUCCCGUACACGAACCCGUCCCGCUACAACCACUACGUCGUCUCGCUCGCACACCACGUGGUCGCCGCCUGGUUCCUCAAGUGCCGGCUGUCUUAUAGACGGAACUUCGUCAGGUUUAUUAUACACGGCCUGCACAACUACAUCAUCAUGCCGUUCGAGGAGCAGCUGCACAAUUACAAGGUGCACGCGCCCGCCAAUGAGGACUCCAGCAAUCGCAAACGCAGCUCCAGUCUGGGGUCCCGCGGCGUGUCAGCGGCGCCCAUCGGGUCCGGGUCCGGCGCGACUCGGGCCGGCGCGGCCUCGGCCUCCGCCGCCUUCCACGUGGAGCUCACCGAGACCUGCGUGGACCUGCUGGCGCGCUACACCGCCUCCGCCUGCAGCGUCAAGCCGCAGAGGAGUGACGCGGCAGAGUGGAUGUUCUCCGGCGGGCAGUCCAUGACGUGGCUGGUGGGGCACAAGCUGGUCACCAUCACCACGGCCGGCUGCAACAUGAACAGCAUCAAGCAGGGCAUGUGCGACAGGUGCGCGGCGCUGUGCCGCGCGCACGCGGACAGCGCGGCCAGCCCGCUGCCGCCGCUGGCGCCGCCCGACGACCCCGCCCGGCCGGUCCCGCCAAGCGACGGGAGCCACGGGAACCACAACAACCUACAGGUCACCAACCCGCCCGAGAUCAAACGCUACAGCAAGCACUCGCUGCAGCACUCCCGCUCAACGGACAACUCGGCGAGCUCUUCGCUCUCCGACCGGCCCGACACCGUGCCCUCCAGACAAAACUCGGCCGAAUACAACCCCAUAGUAGAAGCGCUCAACAAUUUCACGCAACGCUUCGAAAAGAUCUCAAAAGAAGUGGACACAGAAGAAGCGGCCUGGUCGCGAGCAGGAGAGCUGGCAGCGGGCGCCUGCCCCUGUUGGUGCGCGGACUGGGCCGAGAUACACGUCCGCUCCCCCUCGGGAGACGUGUCCUGGCUUAUGCGGGUGCAGAACCAGAUGGGCUGGGAGAGCCAGGAGUCGUCGCUGCAGGACAUCCUGGCGCUGCUGGCGCCCGCGCCCUCCGCGCCGCCCUCCUCCGCCUCCAGCGGCAUCGGCGACGACCGCGCUAACCAUGCGUCGGAGAGCGACAGCCGCUCGCGCAGCGGCUCGUCGGCCUCGCAGGCGGCGCACGCGCAGGACCUGCACAAGUCCAGUUCCGACUCCGUGGUGGCCGGCGAGAGGAAGCCCCCGCACGCCGCCUCGCACUGCAUCGGGCCUCCGCAGCAGCCGCCACGUAUGAGCACGCAGCCGAUCAACAUCCCCGGGUCGCCGGUGCGCGCCGCGCACGACGACGACAUGCUGCUCUACGUGCCCGAGGGCAAGAGCAGACACCCAGUCCGCCGCUCCAACUCCUCACCGGAGAUGUCGUCGUGGAAGCUCCCCCGGGACUCGCCCACGACCCUGGAACCCCCCGCCGCCGACCCCUCGCUGCUCAUACUGCUACCGGGCACCGAGCCCACGCAGUCGCAGUCGCUCCACUUGUCGAAGAAGGCGAACAAGAAGAGCGACAUGCGCGUGUCGUGCGAGGCCAUCCCCGAGGAGAUGUCGGGCUCCUCGCCGCUCGCCGCGCCCGCGCCGCCGCCCCCGCACCCGCACCUCAUGACAUACAACUCCGACCCGGCACUUUACGAAGGCAUCGACUAUGCCAGGGUGGUACAGAGGUUGAUGAACGUAAAACGCGUCGCGGCAACGCUCAGGAUUCCACUUCUCGAACCACUCGCUAUGCUCGUGGUUCAAUUUCGGAUUAUUUCGCUUGUUCGGGUAUCAAUAUUAGCACGAGCGGGUAAACAUCAACUUUGCCCCCUUGUGAAACAAAUAACUAUUGCAGGCUCUGGCUCGGCGCCUGAAGACGGGCCCUCACCAACACCCAUACAAAAGGUGGCGAGCGACAGCAUCGUGCAGGGCGUGGCGGGCGCGCACGCGCACAGGCCGCCCGCCGCGCCGCGCGCGCCCGCCCCCGCCGCCGGCCCCGCCCCCGGCCCCGCCCCCGCCGCCGCCGGCUCCAUGAGGGAGCGGGACGACCUGCCGCCGCUGUCCCGCUCCAAGCGCUCCAAUACCAUCUCCGUCAUGAGCCCCACGAGACGACACAGAGAGCAGUCGUCGACGCCGCCGACGUCGUCGGGCGGGCGCGCGGCGGCGGGCGGCGCGGGCGGCGGCGUCACGCCGUCCUUCGUGCUGCUGCAGCUCUACCACAAGAUGAGCACCUACCCCAUCACCCCGCCCGUGCCAGGCGAGGCGCCGAGCGCGCAGAACCCGCUGGCCGAGCGGCCGCUGCUGGUGGCGGGCGUGCAGCACGAGCGCACCAUCAAGAACCUGGACCGCGUGCCGCCCAUCGAGACUUACAAGGUGGGCGUGCUGUACGUCGGACCGGGGCAGCAGGACAACGAAGUAGAAGUGCUGAAGAACGAAUACGGCAGCGUGAGAUACGCGGAAUUCCUCGGGCAGCUCGGCACGCUGGUGUCGCUGGCGGGCAGCGGCGCCGGGCUGCUGGAGGGCGCGCAGCAGCAGCCGCUGUUCCUCAACCUGGAGCAGGGCGGGAAGGACGGCAAGUACACCUAUGUGUGGCACGACGAUAUCAUGCAGGUGCUGUUCCACGUGGCGACGGCCAUGCCGGUGUCGGCCGCCGACCCCACGUGCAACGAGAAGCGCAAGUACAUCGGCAACGACUACGUCUCCAUAGUGUACAACGACUCGGGCGGAGACUUCCCCAUACAAACCAUCAAGGGCCAGUUCAACCUGUGCAUCGUAGUGGUGGAGCCGUGCGAGCACAGCCUGCACCGCGUGCACAUCAAGACCAAGGACGAGCGAAUUCGGAGCAAGUUCCUGCCGCACCUGGAGCAGUGCGCGCACGUCGUGUCGGACCACUGCGCCGCCACGCUCGCGCGCCAGCUGGCGCUGCACUGCGCGCUGGCGUCGCACAUAUCGCAGUCGCUGUCGAUGGGCGGCGGCUCGCAGCCCUACGCCAGCAACUCGCUGGAGCGGCUGCGCCACAUCAAGCGGCUGCGGCGCCGCGUGGAGGACGAGCGCCUCGCGCACGCCGCGCGCGCGCCCAAGCCCUACGCCCCGCAAGGAGACACCGCGCGCCGGGUCGCCAUGGACGACUUCAACGACUACACUUAAACACCUAAUCGAACUACUCGGCCGAACCACAUCGGACCUAAUCGAACCCGUUCGGCCGAACUGAGUCGGCCUAGUCGAACUGACUGAGUCGAACUAAAGUUGCGCUAGUUUAGCUAACUUGGCUUAAUCGAACCGACUAGGCCGAACAGCCAGCCUAUAGAACCGAGUCGGCCGAAUUAAGGUGGCUUAAUCGAACCGACUAGGCCGAAAGAUAAGCCUAUAGAACCAAGUCGGCCGAAGUAAGUUGGCUUAAUCGAACCGACUAGGCCGAAAAAUAAGCCUAUAGAACCAAGUCGGCCAAAGUAAGUUGGCUUUAUCGAACCGACUAGGCCGAACAGUCAGCCUAUAGAACCAAGUCGGCCGAACUGACUAGGCCAGUUUGAGUCAAGUUGGCUUAACGCGUCAUUCGAUAUGGCCUGCAAAAAAAAAUUACGCGUUAGAGCACUUUUUGUAUGUAAAUAUCGUUGUUUCUUUCGUUUUCUAGACAAAACAAAGUUUGACCGAGUGAAUCGCUUGAAGUAUAGCCAGCCCUUUACACAUAAAGGCAGAGCCUUAUGGUUUACGAAAUAUGCUGCAUCUCUUUCUAUUUUAUAUGCGACGAAAAGGAUGCGACAUUCGUUGUUUUACUAGUUUGGCAUCUUGUGUACAAAAUGCACUAAGCGUAGUAUUUGCCUCUGGAUCGUCGUGUGAGACAGCUUGUCCUUAUGUGACUACGAUUCAACACCGAAAACACUGUUAACGGACAUAGGAAAAUAAAUUAAAUAUCUACAUAUAUAUUCCUAAUGAAGCUGCCAACAUAUUGGCAAAAGGCAUAAAUAAGGAUCUUCAAUUCUUGGCGUUAAACAUUAUGACCAUCGUUGUUUUUAGCAUAAAAUAACAUAUUAUUAUUUGUACAAAUAAAGCACAAAUUUAAAAAAACAAUGUACAUAACAUUUCAUGUCAACAUCACUUAUAACUUUAGAUUUCUAAGAACAGUUAAACCUAAAACCUAAUUUUAAUUUUUAUGCUAAAAACAACGAUAGGCCUCAAAUAUGAGAAUAAAAGAUAUUAAAACGUAUGACCCACGUAACAAACGUAUGAACCACAUUAUUUUCAUAUUUUUUACUUCCGUAAGACACAUGUCAUAAUAAACAUAUUAAAAUGGGUCACUCACGUAUUUUUAAGUCGAAGAUUGCUGGACAUGUUUCGCUCCAUAAUGAGAAGCUUCAACGGGAGCACGCGUUGGCCGACCGACGACUGCUACUGAAUCUUUGACUUAAAAAUACGUGAGUGACCCAUUUUAAUAUGUUUAUUACGACAUGUGAUGUGUCUUACGGAAGUAAAAAAUAUGAAAAUAUUGUAGAGAAGUCCCUUGUUAAAAGUGAAAUCGCAUCAUUGCGUCUAAAUAAAAAGCCAAUGCUUGACAAGAUAAUACACUCAAAAGCAUUUCAAAACGGGUCGUUUUGCAAGGAAAUUAUAUAUGCAAAUUGGCUAGUUUGUAUUUUGGGGUUACUUGCGAUGUGUUCACGAAAUUUACAGGAGUGUUCAGUAUGAUGUAGGGUCUCAUAGGUGUGCUACUGGUCUUUAAAUAUUAAACAUGUUAUGGAUACAGGGUGGGCUUAAAUAACCCAACCAAUUUAACAAAACAUGAGUAAAGUAUUUUUUCUGCCCUCCGGGCGGAAAGCGUCGACUUUGCUCCCGCUGCGCUAAACAUAGUUGCCGCUUUCCGCCUCCGUCGAGCAGAAAAAUAGUAUGCGCACCACGGGAGGAAUCAUAGGACAUUCCAUCCCGCGUGUUUGUCACCCUCGCCUUCGGCUCGGUUGACAAUUUUACACGCGGCACGCAAUGUCCUACUUUUCCUCCCUUGGGACACAACUAAAGAAUUAAUUAUUUUAUUUAACAAGUCAAAAAAUCUCUAGGAUCUCAAAUCUCGUUCACUAUUAGAACAAUUUAGCCCCACCCAAGGCGCUAUUUUCAAAAAGCUAAAAAACAAUUGAAUUAUCGUGUUUGGGAAAUCAAAUAUAUUUUACGCGUGGUUAAAGUUAAUCGGGUUAUUCGAACCCAUCUUAUAAAUUGCUCUAGCGUCUAAAAUGUUUUUUUAUCACAACUAAACAUCAAAAAAAAUCUUUGGUAAAAUUUAUUCAAUUAUAUGACCAGUAGCAUGCAUUAUUUUGGAAUGAGAAUAGUAAGAUAAGUUAAUGCGUAUUUACACUGCUCUGGUCGCAGUCUCUAUGUUUAGCGUUGAU